UAGGAAUUGCUCACUCCGCGAAUGAUUAACUCUCAGCCAAAGUGGGUGACCCAGGAGGAGGGCUCAACUAACAGGACCUUUGGACUCCGGGCAGAGCGUUCAGAGGACCGCAGUGCGGCCGGCAGAAGAGGAGGACAUGGCUGGGCGGCAGGCCUGGGCUCCAAGGACUGGAGUGAGAUCCGGCAGCUGGGAGCCUCGGGAAGCCUCCUGGGACUGGCAGAUGGUCCAUUCUUGCAGCAGCAGCUGUGGGGUCCACUACCCCUGAGCCCUCAGGGGCUCCCUUCUCUGACCUGGCAACUGCCUCAUUAGUGUUUUCUUCCCCUCCAGGCGGCUAUGGGUGCCAGGUGGAGCUGAAAGCAGUGGGGCAUGGCUGGAGCCCUGCAGGUCUUGCCCCGCUUGGCCCGAGCCCCAUUACGCCCACUCCUCUGGGGGGGCCCAGGGGCACGGCUGGCCAGUGGCAUGGCCUUGGCAGAGCAGGCUCGGAUGCUGUUUGAGAACACUGUUGGUGCCGUGCUGCCAGGCCCCAUGAUGCACCGGGCACUGUCCUUGGACCCCAGCAGCGGGCAGCUGAAGGUGCGGGAUCGGAGCUUUCAGCUGCGGCAAAACCUCUACCUGGUGGGCUUCGGCAAGGCUGUGCUGGGCAUGGCAGCUGCAGCCGAGGAGCUACUGGGCCAGCAUCUGGUGCAGGGCGUGAUCAGCGUUCCCAAGGGGAUCCGUGCUGCCGUGGAGUGCAGUGGCAAGCAGGAGAUGCUGCUGAAGCCACACAGCCGUGUCCAGGUUUUCGAGGGUGCAGAGGACAACCUGCCGGACCGUGAUUCGCUGCGGGCUGCGUUAGCCAUCCGGCAGCUGGCCGAAGGGCUGACAGCUGACGACCUGCUGCUCGUGCUCAUCUCAGGUGGGGGCUCGGCCCUGCUGCCCGCCCCCAUCCCACCCGUCACACUGGAGGAGAAGCAGACACUCACCAAGCUGCUGGCGGCCCGUGGAGCCACAAUCCAGGAGCUGAACACCAUCCGGAAGGCCCUGUCCCAGCUCAAGGGUGGGGGGCUCGCUCAGGCUGCCUACCCUGCCCAGGUGGUAAGCCUGAUUCUGUCGGACGUGGUGGGAGACCCCGUGGAGGUGAUCGCCAGCGGCCCCACCGUGGCCAGCGUCCACAAUGUGCAGGAUUGCCUGCACAUCCUCAAUCGCUAUGGCCUCCGUGCUGCCCUGCCACGUUCGGUGAAAACUGUGCUGGCCCGGGCGGACUCGGACCCUCACGGGCCGCACACCUGCGGCCACGUCCUCAACGUGAUCAUCGGCUCCAACGCACUGGCACUGGCUGAGGCCCGGCGGCAGGCGGAGGCGGGGGUCUCUGUGGAGGAGGAGGAGCAGCUCCAUGAGCAGGCGGCGGCGCUCCAGCUCCCGGACCUGCAGCUGAAGGAGGCCCUGGAGGUUGUGAAGGGGACUGGGGGCCCCAUCUGCCUGCUGGCUGGCGGGGAGCCCACCGUGCAGUUGCAGGGCUCGGGCAAGGGUGGCCGGAACCAGGAACUGGCCCUGCGCGUCGCCGCAGAGCUGGGACAGCGGCCGCUGGGGCCCGUCGACGUGCUGUUUCUGAGUGGCGGCACCGAUGGGAGGGACGGACCCACGGAGGCAGCCGGGGCCUGGGUUAUGCCUGACCUUGCCAGCCAGGCCACCGCUGAGGGCCUGGAUGUGGCCACCUUCCUAGCCCACAACGACACACAUACCUUCUUCCAUCGCUUCCAGGGCGGGGCCCACCUGCUGUACACAGGGCUGACGGGCACCAACGUCAUGGAUGUCCACUUCCUGUUCCUGCGGCCGCGGUGAUGACAUAAGUCAUGAUUUGGGAGUCCAGAGAAGGCCUACAGGGCAGCUUCAGGGCAGACCAGGGUCGGUCCCCAGGGCCUCCCCAGGCCUUAGGGCCCCUCCUCGCCUUGGCCCGGCUGCAUGGUUGGCCUUUACACUUCCCACCCAGGGCCUCUGCUUGAUGUCCAUCCCCCAACCAGAAUGGCACGAUGGCGGCUCUCUUCCGCCCCUAAUUCCAGCCCCGGCAGCAGUACCCCUGAGGCCAAGACAAGCCUCUUGGCCUUUUCCCGGUAUUCCCUAAGCAGCCUCACUGCUGAGCUCCUGAGCCUGUUUCUCUGUGGGGCGGAACAAGAAGGACUGAAAAUAAAAAGGACCACUCAA